AUGCCGCGCCUCCCGAAGACGGCGACGUCUAUGGAGGACGGCGAGCCGAGCCUGGGCCGCUUCGUCGUCGACGCCAACGCGGGGGGCGAGGGCAUGGUCGUCGAGGUCAAGGUCGGCGGCUGGCGCGUGCUCCUGUCCGCCGACGGGUCGCGGUCGUCGAAGCGGAGCGCGGCCCUCGAGUACGUCGCGGACCGGGAGCCGCCGGAGGAGUUGGUGGGGCGGUGCGCCGCGCUCGGCGUCGCGUUCAGCCCCUACGUCGGCGAGCGGCGCGUCGUCGCGCGGACGCGCCGAUCCGAGGACGGCGACGCCGCCGCGCCGCGCCCCCCCGCGGGCCGCGAGCACCGGGGCCGGUCGUCGGCCGGCGGCGCGAAGACACCGGCGCCGGCCGUCGGCGAGGUCCUCGGCGCGCUCGACGGCGACGUGUGGCGCCGCGGCGUCGUCGUCGGCGUCGAGAGGGCCAUGGAUGCGCUGGCGGACCACGUGCUCGUCGUCGACUACGAGGGCGGCGCCGACGUCGUCCGCGAGCCCUGGCCGCCCGCGGGCGAGCGGCGGCUCUACCGCGCCGCGAAGAGCGACCGCGUGCCCCGCGCGCUCGCGAAGCCGCCCAAGGCCCUCGUCGGCUUCGGCUACCGCGCGGCGGACGGGGCUUUGGCCCACGUCGUCGGCUUCCGCCUCCACGACGGCGACGCGCUCCUCGUCGAGCUCCGCGGCGCCGCGCGCCUCGUGCCGCUCGCCGACGUCCGCGCGGCGAUGAUCGCGGACGAGGAGUCGGUCUUCGGCCGCGUCGCCAAGGCCCAGCGCCGGGCCGCCGCGCCCAAGCUCCCCGCGCGCAAGUCCGACAGCCCGACGCCCAAGCGCAAGCGCGGCGCCGAGCCCGACGACGACUCGGACGCCGACGGCUCGGACGACGCCGCGGACGACGCCGCGCCCGCCGCCGCGCCGGGCCUCCCCAUGCACGCGCUCCUCUUCUCCCCCGUCCAGUCCUAG